GUGUUCAAUUCUUAAGCACAUUUUUCCCAUCGGCUCCAGCGGCAGUACUGCUAAACUGUCCCUCUCCUCCUCUCCUUCAAAUUUCAGUCCUUCCUGCAGAAACCCUAAUAAGUUAUUUCAGGAUUCAUCUGAAUUCCCAUUUUAAUUUGUACAAAUUUUGAUUUAAAUAGUAUUUAAAACCAACUUCAUAACAUCGUGUGGCAAAGAUGUUAGGCGGAUUAUACGGAGACCUACCGCCGCCGUCGUCGGCGGAGGAAGAUAAAUCGACGACCAACACCUCCGCCACCGUAUGGUCAACAAGCACCUUAAUGGCACCACCGACACUCCGUAAGCCAGCAACAUUAACAACACCACAAACAAUUCUAAAAUCACAGAGCAAAACGAAACCACAACAAUCCCUAAUGACAACAUCAUCAAAAACCCUAGUAACAUCACAUUCUCCGACAGUAUUACCACCAGAAGAAGCGUCGCAGCCAGCACUUGUUGGGGUGAAUUCUGUAGUGAUCGAAGAGUACGAUCCAUCAAGACCUAAUGAUUACGAGGAUUAUAAAAGAGAGAAAAAGAGAAAAGCUUUAGAAGCAGAGAGAAUGAGAGAGCUCGAGAGAAGGAGACUCGAAGAAGAAGAGAGAGAAUUAAGAGAGAGAGAAGAGAGAGAAAGGGAUAGAGAGAGAGAUAGGAAUAUUUCUGGUGAGGAAGCUUGGAGAAGACGCGCUGCUAUGAGUAGUAGUAGUGGUGGUGGUGCGAGAUCACCAGAGAGUGGUGGCGGCGGCGGCGGGGGUGGUGGUGGUGGUGGUGGUGGUGACGGUUUUAGUAUUGGGAAGUCGGAGAGUGGUGGAUUAGGUGUUGGUGCUGGUGGACAAAUGACUGCGGCGCAAAGGAUGAUGGCGAAAAUGGGAUGGAAGGAAGGACAAGGGCUUGGGAGACAGGAACAAGGAAUUACUACGCCUUUGAUGGCGAAGAAGACGGAUAGGAGAGCUGGGGUUAUUGUUAAUGCUAGUGAAACCAAAGUGGAGAAGAAGGUUAAGAGUGUUAAUUUUAAUGGAACGCCUACAAGGGUUUUGUUGCUCAGGAAUAUGGUGGGUCCUGGUGAGGUAGAUGAUGAGCUAGAAGACGAGGUUGGAUCUGAGUGUGCGAAGUAUGGAACAGUUACUAGGGUUCUCAUAUUUGAGAUUACAGAGCCAAACUUCCCCCGUGAUGAGGCAGUAAGAAUUUUUGUGCAGUUUGAGAGGUCAGAAGAAACAACAAAAGCACUGGUCGAUCUUGAUGGUCGGUUCUUCGGAGGUAAUGUGGUUCAUGCAACAUUCUAUGAUGAAGAGAAGUUCAGCAAGAAUGAAUUGGCUCCUAUGCCUGGUGAAAUCCCUGGUUUUUGACAGAUGUUUUAAUAGUUUGCUAAGAUCCCUUUAGUAAUCUGUGGUAAUUGCAAUGGAAUUUUCUUUGGGUUUCAAAUCGAUAAAUGUGGAGCAUUAAGCUGUGGUGUAAGUAGAUUCAAGUUAGGUGCAGUGAAAACUGUGCGUCUAGGUUCUAACAGUGAUAACCAGUAGCUGGAUGAAUGAAGAAUUGUUACAAUUAUAUGAACAGAAAAACAUUUUCUUUUUCUA